UUACGUCAAGCGUGGCUGAUAGCAGAGAUGGAGCCAAGGCAGGAAAGGGGAGAGGGGUAGUUGUUUUUCUUCCUUCCACUCUCGACAGAGAAAGAGAAACACCAAUUUUCUACUGACUGUGCACCAACCAACAGUUGCCUCCUCUCUCCGGUCCACAACUUCAAUUCGCGGCUCCCAGCACGCCCGACGCGGCCCCUCUCCACGCCUCACUCUCUGUCUUUCUUUCUCCUUUCAAAUUCUCCCCUUGAGAUAUUUCAAUCGUGUUCGUCAUGCCCGGUGUGAUUCUUUAGCUGCUAUCGAGAGAAGAAACGCAGAGAGAGAAAGAGGAGAGGAUCUUUUGAAGGAAUGGAAGCAUCGACUUGUUGCUUCCAUGUCCUUCCCACGUCCACCCUGUGGUCUAGCUGCUCACCUUCCUCCUCCUUGUUCCCCUCCCCACCUUUCUUUGCUUCAUUCCCUUCCCCUUCAAAGGAUUUGUACAGUCAAAAUUCUUUCUCUUCUUCUUCUUCUUCUCUCGCAUUUGGCCUCCCUUUCCACCAUGAUUCAUCCUGUUCCACUUCCUCCACCACCAACAUCACCAAUGGGUCCCAUUGGAUUCACGCUCACAGGAGAAGGGCAAAAACAGUGAUGUGCGGUAGGUCUGUUCUGGUUUCUACAGCCCCCUCCUCUGCUAGUGGUGCCGCUCAGGUGCCGGCUCGUGAUGAGAACGGGGCAGCAAACCCACUAGGCCGGAAGGACGUCGGAAAAGGCGUGGUUAAGUGGGUAUCCCAAGCUAUGAAGGCCAUGGCGUCCGAGUUGGUGUCUGCGGAGAUUCAAGGGGAGUUCCAGGAGGUUAGGCAGAGGAUGGGAAGCGGCAUCACGUUCGUUUCCCAAGCUCAGCGUUAUCUCAACGCUAUUCCGAUGCCCAAGGGCAUGGAGUCUGCCUGCCUAAAGGCUUCCACACAUUAUCCCACCCUGCUCGAUCACUUCCAGCGGGAGCUUAGAGACGCUCUUAAGAAUGCAUCCGAAUCGUCCGGUUCACUGAUUAAAGACUGGAGGAAGACAGAAUCAUGGAAGCUGCUCAAGGAGUUCGCAAAUUCAGCUCAGCAUCGGGCUAUAGUCCGGAGGUCUAAUAAGCCCAAGAUAUUGCACAGUGGUUUGGGGAUGGAGAUUGAGAAGGCCAAGGUAAUUCAGGAGAGAAUUGACAAGUUCGUCGAGCAAAUGUCUGAGCUUCUUCGAAUCGAACGUGAUGCAGAGCUGGAAGCUACCCAAGAGGAGCUGAAUGCAGUGCCCAAUCCUGCAGACGAGAAUGUGGAUCAGUCGAAGCCAAUCGAAUACUUAGUCCGCCAUGGACAGGCUCAGCAGGAGCAGUGUGACACCCUCUGUAACCUAAGUGCAGUUAGUUCUUCUAUAGGGCUAGGUGGAAUGCAUCUUGUGUUAUUCCAAGUGGAUGGUAACCAUCGGUUGCCUCCUACCACUCUUUCUCCUGGAGACAUGGUGUGUAUCCGUGUGUGCGAUAGUCGGGGCGCCGGUGCAACAUCUUGCAUGCAAGGCUUUGUCAACAGCCUGGGAGAAGAUGGCUGCAGCAUCACUGUGGCUCUUGAAUCUCGCCAUGGGGAUCCUACCUUCUCCAAACUUUUUGGUAAAAAUGUGCGCCUUGAUCGAAUCCACGGAUUAGCUGAUGCACUUACAUACGAGCGAAAUUGUGAAGCAUUGAUGCUACUUCAGAAGAAUGGAUUGCAUAAAAACAAUCCUGCUCUGGCGGUUGUUGCUACGUUGUUUGGAGAAUCUGAGCAUAUUAAAUGCCUUGAGCGGAAUAAUAUGGUAAAUUGGGAUGAAGAAUCUAGUUUGAAUGAAAUCCUCAAGGGAGCUGGGUAUGACGAAUCCCAGUCAAGGGCAAUUUCGUUGGGUCUGAACAAGAACAGGCCUGUUCUGAUUAUUCAAGGACCUCCUGGUACGGGGAAGACAGGGUUGCUCAAGGAACUGAUUACACUUGCUGUUCAACGUGGGGAACGAGUGCUUGUAACAGCACCUACUAAUGCUGCUAUAGAUAACAUGGUAGAGAAGCUUGCUUCUGUUGGGCUAAACAUUGUUCGUGUUGGAAAUCCAGCACGGAUAUCUCCAACUGUGGCCUCUAUGUCCUUGGGAACCAUUGUCAAUGACAGACUUGCAGGUUAUUUGAAAGAGUUUGAGCGAAAGAGAUCAGAUUUGAGGAGAGAUCUUAGGCAAUGUUUGAAAGAUGACUCAUUGGCAUCAGGCAUCCGUCAGCUUCUGAAACAACUAGGAAAGGCACUUAAGAAAAAAGAGAGGGAUACAGUAAAAGAAGUACUGGCUAAUGCUCACGUUGUUCUGUGCACAAAUGCUGGUGCGGCUGAUGCCUUAAUCAGGAAGCUAGACAAAUUUGAUCUAGUUGUUAUAGAUGAAGCUGGACAAGCAAUUGAACCAUCUUGCUGGAUUCCCAUGUUGCAGGGGAGACGUGCAAUUUUAGCUGGUGACCAAUGCCAGCUUGCACCAGUAGUUUUAUCCAAAAAAGCUCUAGAUGGUGGACUUUCAGUUUCUCUAAUGGAAAGAGCUUCAAACUUGCAUGGAAGUCUCUUAACCACCAAGCUAAAAGUCCAAUAUCGGAUGCAUGAUGCAAUAGCAAGCUGGGCUUCAAAGGAGAUGUAUGAUGGGCUCCUACAGUCUUCACCCACUGUGGCUGCUCAUCUGCUUGUAGAUUCUCCAUUUGUCAAGGCUACAUGGAUAACAAUGUGCCCUCUGCUCUUGCUUGAUACACGAAUGCCUCGUGGUAGUUUGUCACCUGGCUGUGAGGAGCAUCUUGAUCCUGCUGGAACAGGUUCCUUUUACAAUGAAGGAGAAGCCGAUAUUGUCCUGCAACAUGUAUUUUCCCUCGUCUCUGCAGGUGUGGCUCCUACUGCUAUAGCAGUUCAGUCUCCCUACGUUGCUCAAGUGCAGCUUCUAAGGGACCGACUCGAUGAACUGCCAGAGGCCUCAGGUGUUGAGGUUUCCACCAUAGAUAGCUUUCAAGGUCGAGAAGCUGAUGCAGUUAUUAUUUCAAUGGUCCGGUCAAAUGCUUUAGGAGCUGUUGGGUUUUUAGGUGACAGUCGGAGAAUGAAUGUCGCAAUAACAAGAGCGCGAAAGCAUGUGGCAGUUGUCUGUGAUAGCUCCACCAUAUGCCAUAAUGCAUUCUUGGCAAGGCUCCUGCGCCAUAUCAGGUCAUUCGGAAAAGUGAAAAAUGCAGAACCCGGUUCUUUUGGCGAUUCUGGACUGAACAUGAAUCCGAUGUUGCCUUCAAUAUCAUGAUCCUGCAGCACUGCUACACUUCUAUUACCUUAGUACAGUAAGUAAUGUUCAUUUCAUCGUCAUAGUAGCUUGCUGCUCCAAAGAAAUGGCUCAAAUAUCUCAAAUUUUAUGGAAACUCUUUUGCUGUCUUUACCUGUUUUGUAAACCAUCAUAUUGAUGGGAUUCAAAUUUCAAACUGUAGAGGACAGCUGAGAUGUAUAUAUUAUUUGUAUAAAUUUUGUAGGAGAAAAUGCAUAAUCCAAAAAGGAAAAAAAAGGAAGUAUCAAGUUAAGGGAAAGCAUUUGAAAGACGUUUCUUUCUUC